GUGCCGGCUGCAUUUACUGGAACGCCUCCAGUCCCUUUCGAGGUGUACGCGUUUUCUACGUUCCGGCCAGGGAACCUUUCCACGAAUUCGAUCGGAAGGAAUCGCCGUUCGGAGGAUUUUUACGCUCGCGCGAAAACGACGGACAUCGGCCGUGACAAUUUGCGAUGUGAACGAAUGGUUUUGUCCCGGUGUACGUAUUUGCGAUGUGAAGUGCACGUGGCUGGGGAUUUAUAGCGAUCGAGACCGGGGCCUGCGCGCGAGAAAAAUGUCAGCGCAGCGAGCAAAUUAACAUAGGUUGCAAUGUUGCUGUCUUCGCUAUGAACGAGAUCCGUUGCUACGCUGAUUCGCCCGUGCUUGCUGUACAUCAGUCAUUCAACCGGAAUGGGAAGGCACUUAGGGGAUCGAAGAAAAGUGUGCUAUUCUAUACAACCGACUGCGGCGACGAGAAAGAAGAUUUGGGAUUUAAGCUUCAACAACGAUCGGUAUCUCUGACUGCUUUACAUACUGGGCCUGGUUCACAACAGCAACUUCUGGAACCCAGAAUGGCGCAACUGGAAACCUUGGAAGCGAAGAUGGCCAGCAUCGAAGUAUCCUUGUCGACGACCCCGAGGCGAAAAAAGGGCGGAAGCAUUUCUGGCGGAGUCACAUCGCCCGCUGGACAUCGUAACAGGGACCAUUAUAAGGAGCUGGACGCUCUUCGAGUCGCUCUGCGUGACAAAGAGAAUAUUAUUCAAACAUUGAAAGGGCAAUUGUGUAACACCCUGAGCAACCGAUUAGCACUGCGUAACGGUGCACCACCUUUGACCGAGGCGGACAGGAAAGUCACCGAGGAAAGGCUCCAGAGGUUACGACGCGACGCAGACAAUAAGCGUCUGGCGAUUAAAAACUUGAAACUAGCACUAGAGCGUUUAGACAUUACCGACAACAUCGAUGUUCGAAUUCAACAAGCCGAGUUGGAGUACAGACUCGGACGAGAAGAACUUGAACUUCUGACUCUACGCGAAGAAAGUAGAGCUCUUCAAGCUGCUUUAGAAUUAGCGGAGACUCAGGAGAAACAAAAGAAUGAUACGAUAUUUAGUUGUAUCUCUGGUUCUAUGCAAGUUACGAUCCAUGCAGUGGAGGUUAGCGCGGAUCCCAAGAGCCCUCGUUUUGGUGCAGGGCCGAGGGAAGACACACCUGGCCUUUACGUCGAUUGGGCAGUCGAAGACUCCGGGCUCUGCAAGGGAGAUAGGAUCUUGGAAGUAAACGGGAAACUUGUGGUGGGGGCAGGCAGGAGCGACUUAGCGAGGCUACUGGCCGUCGCGCCCGAUGCAGCACAAAUCGUGGUCCUUCGAAAAGGUGAAUCCCUUGCAGCACUCCGCACGCUGCGAUCAGAUAACCUUAGGUUGACUCACAGAAUCGGAUAUCUCGAGGAACAGGUUAGGGAUCUUCUGGCACCAAGUAGAGCCGAGGUCCCCGCGGAUCCUCCGCCGACUCGUCAAGAACAAGUUCAGGUUUUUCAAAAGGGGCCACAAGUAACUGCGUUAGUUGCGAACCUUCCUGGUCUCAAUGUGAGAAAUUCAAUGGAGCUACGUCAGAGUCUACCUACAGUGAGGAACAGACACAGCGAUCAUUCGAAACGUUUGAUAGAACCGAAAACUCUGAAGGACGUUAAUUUGUCGUUGGACGCUGUAUCAAACAAUCAUCAUAAAUCGCGGACUAGGCAAAAGCACCAAGGAUUUCAAUUGACCGGAUCGACCGCGAGCCUGGAUUGCAAACAAAUACAAAUACAAUCGCAAUUACAACGCAGAAGACCACCCCGGGUUGAAUCAGCUAUGGAACAUUUGUCUAAAAAUCGCAAAGACUCGUCGCAAACUCAAGCUUUAGACUUUGACUCUGAACCAACGUAUUAUCGAUUUCAGGACAUACAAUCACGAGCGUCAGAGAACUCCGACACAUCGAUGGUAUAUUGUUCUCAAGAGACGAAAUCUCGUCCAGCUCCACCGAAAAAACCGUUACGACUGUCUUUGCAUCGUGCAGCUAGCCUACAAUCUGUGGAAAGCGCGCCACCUGUUGCCCAUCAUGAUAUAGCUAAGAAACCAACAAAGAGGAACCAUAAAGGCGAUCCACCGAUCGAGAAGAACACACGAGGGGAUAUAAAUGAAGAAACGUGCAAUCAAAUUCAGGAAUUGCAAUAUAAUUCGCCUCAACCACCACCAAGGACUCCGUCCAGGGCAGAAUCCUGCCAGAGUGCACUACGUUGGCCAUCUCCUAAACCAAGACCACAUUUAGCACCCGUUACGAUGGAAAAGUGGUGCUAAUCGAAGAAAAUGUUAUUGUGUGGAUAAUGUUCGCGAAUUCAAUUCUAUUCGAUGACGCACAUUCUUUCUAUAAACAUUUUAUUUUUACGAGAAGCAAAUCUUUUAGCAUCUCUAUGGCUAGUAGUGUUGCGACGAAAAUCUCAAACGUAAUUUGGCAAAAUUUCAUUAAAACUAAUGAAAGAUAUCAGGUUCCGCAGAACAAACGAUAGAACUUCCCACGGGACAAAAAGAUAGAGAACCGUCUUGCAUUGGAGAAGCAGAAAGCUUUGUUUCUUAAUUUAGUAUUGAAUAAUAAUAAUUGAAGAUCUCCACUAUUAAAGAAGAAAUUUCAUGUAACUUAGAAAGAUUUUAGAUAAUAAGUAUGUAAAUAAAGUUUGAUACUUUGAUACUUGAUACAUGUAUUUGAAGACUGAAUUACUUCGAACGAAAUUUGUUCACAGACUAUUUUUUAUAGGUUAAUCCUCGAAUAAUAAUUUUAGCGACCGCACGGCGGACUCUGGGUUCAUUUUGACACGAAUUGAAAUUUUAUUAUUUCGCAUUCCAGCACAGUGGUUAUGAUUGAUUGUUCACAAGCUCUAUUAGUAUUGAUAUUAUUAUUUAUUAAAAAUAAAAACUUCAGGACUCUGGAUGAAUAAUUUGCAUGAGUCCAAAUGGACCCGGAGACCUCUGGGCAAGAAUUAAGUAAGCUAGAGUAAGUAUAUAUUGUUUUCUUUCUGCUUACAUCCGCCCUUUAUAAAAAUAUUUCGUUGUACGUGUGUGUUCUAAUGAAAACAUUAUCGAAUAAGACGAACAACUUGAUCAAUUAAAGUGCAAAUUUGA